CACUGCAUCACCAUGCAAUAUGCUCAAAAGCAAAAGCUAUAGAGCUUGAGAGAUCUACAUAUACAUAUAGAGAGAGAAAGUGGCAUAAUCUCUCCAAUCUCCAGCUCAAUAUAUAUACAAACUAAUACACACAUAUAUGUGUGUGUAAUCUCCUCUUCAUUUCAUGUAGAGUAGUCAAUAAUAUUCUGUAUAUACCAAAAAAAAAAAGUUUUUCCUCAUCUAAUUCUUCUCCGAUCCGUAGAGGGAACUCAUCGUUUUCACAGCCGGAAAUUAAUGGACGUCGUGAAGAUGAACGUUCAAAAAGGUUCACCGAAAUUUCAUAACGAGAGGGAUGAGGAGAAGAAGAAGAAGCAUGGAGGCUGGAGAGCCAUAACCUUUAUCUUAGGAAAUGAAACGUUGGAGAGAUUGGGAACGAUAGGACUGCUAUCGAACUUCAUGGUGUAUCUGAUGAGAGUGUUCCACAUGGAACAAGUCGACGCAUCGAAUGUCAUCAACAUCUGGUCGGGUCUCACUAACCUCACGCCCCUCGUCGGCGCGUUCAUCUCAGACGCCUACAUCGGUCGCUUCAAGACCAUUGCCUUUGCCUCCUUCGCCACCCUCCUCGGAUUGGUGACGAUAACACUCACGGCCUCACUGCCGAAGCUCCACCCGCGGCCAUGCAACAACCAACCACCGGCCGGAGGUUGCGUCAGCGGUCCCAACAAGUUACAUCUCGGCGUUCUUCUGACUGGACUCGCCUUCCUCUCCGUCGGAAGCGGCGGAAUCCGACCAUGCAGCAUCCCAUUCGGCGUUGACCAGUUUGACCAACGAACAGAAGAAGGCUUAAAAGGCGUAGCCAGCUUCUUCAACUGGUACUACACCACCUUCACCAUCGUUCUUCUCAUUACACAGACAGUGGUCGUGUAUAUUCAGGACCAGAUCAGUUGGGUCAUCGGAUUCAGCAUUCCGACCGGUCUCAUGGCUUGUGCCGUUCUCUUGUUCUUUCUUGGGAUGAAGCAUUACGUGUAUGUUAAACCGGAGGGGAGUAUAUUUUCCGGCAUUGCUCAGGUCAUCUCGGCCGCCUUCAAGAAACGGAAGGUCAAGAUUCCGGCGGACGAUGCCGCGGUGGAGUUUUACGAUCCGCCGGUGAAAGCCACCGUAUUGUCCAAGUUACCUCACACCGACCAAUUCAGGUUUUUGGACAAAGCCGCUUUGAUAACAGUAGGCGAUUUGAACGUUGAUGGUGUUCCGACAAAUCAACGGCGAUUGUGUAGUGUCCAGCAAGUUGAAGAGGUGAAGUGUCUGAUCAGAAUAAUCCCUGUUUGGUCGGCGGGAAUCAUAGCUCUCGUCACGAUGUCUCAACAAGGUACAUUCACAGUAUCACAAGCCCUAAAAAUGGACCGACACAUUGGUCGGAAUUUCCAAGUUCCGGCAGGUUCCAUGUCCGUAAUCUCUCUCCUAACCAUCGGAAUCUGGCUUCCGUUCUACGACCGGAUCUUCGUCCCGUCUAUCCGGAAAAUCACGGGCCAUAAGUCCGGAAUCACGCUCUUGCAACGAGUCGGGGUAGGGAUCGUGUUCGCGAUCCUGUCGAUGGUGGUGGCGGGGCUGGUGGAGAGAGUCCGGAGAAACGCCGCAGUUAACGCCGGAGAUCCGACCGGAAUGACGGAGAUGUCUGUGUUCUGGUUGGCGCCACAAUUGAUACUGAUGGGACUUUGCGAAGCGUUCAACAUCAUCGGACAGAUCGAGUUCUUCAACAGUCAGUUCCCGGAGCACAUGAGAAGCAUCGCCAACUCGCUCUUCUCGCUCUCCUUCGCCGGUUCGAGCUACCUGAGCAGCGUUAUCGUGACGACCGUACAUAAAUUCUCCGGCGGGAACGGCCGGCCGGACUGGUUGAACAAGGAUAUUAACGCGGGAAAAUUGGAUUACUUCUACUAUCUGAUUGCCGGUUUGGGAGUGGUUAACCUGGUUUAUUUCUGGUAUUGUGCUCGGAGUUACCGGUACAAGUCCGGUUUUCAGAUUGGAGAUGACGACCAGAAACGAUCUUUUGAGGAUAUAGAGAUGAACCCCGUCAAACCGCUGAAAUGAUUUAACCAAUUAGGAUAAUGUA